GUCAGAUCUACACUGCCCACGCUGCAGGUGCCACUUUCCCACACUGCUCAUUCAGCCACGGCAACUGAUUAAAGGGCGGACGUAUCUACAGUUUGUGUACAGCUGUUACAUAACUAGCCACUCACUCUGCACACGAACUUCUAUAAAUGAGAGAGAGACAGGGGGGAAACGAGGUAACAGACGUCUGAAGCUUGGAGCUUGAAGGUGUCGGAGGCUCAGGAUGGAUAAAGGCUGCCGGAAGCUGACCCUGGCCCUUGUUGUGGUCUUGGCCAGCACGUACUAUACCGAUGCUUCAUUUUCCCGGCACAUGGACGACUUCGUCAAGGCCGUGAAGCAGGUGGAGGACGGGGACCCUGGGGCGGAGCCAGUAGCUGUGUUGAAGAGGCUGCGCUGGGCGGCUGGCCAAAACGAUGCCUUCGUCCAGCACUUCCUCGGUAAGGUGGAUUCCGGUGGUCCCGAAAUGGACGCUCGCCUCUUGCAAUACAUCAGAAAGGCCUUGCAGCACAGGGUGACAGAUGACGCCAGGGAGGAAGGUGUGGUCCUGACCUCUGAUGGCACCACUGUCGCCCUCAGGCCGCUCCUCCUGGGCAUCGAGGCCGGUUUCCUCUCCCUGUCUAGCGAGCGCGUCAGGGGCCUGUACCAGCUCACCCUGGCCAAAGACCUCAGCCUCUCUCUCAGGCACACCUCUCCUCCCACCCGCCGUCUGGGACCGGAUGGCUGCUGGGACAGUUUGACCUCUCCCCAAGCCUUCACCCUCUCGGACACCCCCACUCUGCUCACCACCGCUCACGUCAACGGAGGCAUGGACGGUGUGCUCCUGGGGACGGCGGUCUCUGCCGACACCAGACGCCCCCUCAAGCUCAGCAGUCUGCUGACAGAGUACUACUGCCACGAGCUGGACAGCGGCGGACUGGACGCCGCCCCGCGCCUCAUCAGCCGACGCCGCAGGGAGAACUUCGGGGAGCUGCUCGUCCCUCCAGUGCUCGCGAGACGGGUGGUGAAAUCGGUGGAGCUGCAGCGGAGACUGGGGAGGCAAUCAAAGAUGGAGGCGAAGGAGAAGAGGCAGCUGAUGGCCGUGGUGAAGGAGGGAAUGAAAGAGUUCGUCCACAUGUACAUGGAUUGCCCGCCCAUCAUACCUCGGUGUAUGUGGGGUGCAGAGCCUUACAGAGGGACGCCCACCAACCUGUCUCUGCCUCUGUCCUUCAUGUACAUCCACCACACCCACACACCGAGCCAGCCCUGUCUGACCUUCCAGCAGUGCUCCGCGGACAUGCGCUCCAUGCAGCGCUUCCACCAGGUGGACAGAGGCUGGGACGACAUAGGAUACAGCUUUGUUGCAGGCUCCGACGGGUACCUCUACGAGGGCCGGGGCUGGCACCGGCGAGGAGCGCACACCCUCGGACACAACUCCAUCGGCUUCGGAGUUUCUUUCAUUGGAGACUACGCCGCCAGUCUGCCUUCCCAGCACGCCAUGGGGCUGGUGAGAGAUCGGCUGGCGUCUUGCGCUGUCGGCGGCGGGCGACUGGUGGCCAGAUUCACCGUGCAAGGGCACAGACAGGUGGUGAACACUUCCUGUCCCGGAGAUGCUCUGUAUAAUGAGAUGAGAGGCUGGGAACACUUUGGGGAGGUCAAGAAAUGAUCAUCUACUCAUCAAGAAGAAGAUUAGCGGAUACCCAGUUUCACAUACAAAACAUAUACAUUAUAUACAUAUCACUUAAUUUUUUGUUAUGAAUGAGUUUCCCUUUGAACUAAAUAAACACAAUUUGUUGCAUAAA